GCUAACAUCUUAGGUGCUUCAGCUGCUGCCUACAAAGGUUACGGUGCUGAAAUUGGUGGUGACCAUUUAGCUGCUGCCACUGCUUCAGAUGGUAUUGAUGCUGGUUUCUUAGAUUUAAUCGGUGGUGGUAUCCACAGAGAUGCUGGUGCCUCUAUCUUGAAGAGAGCCGAAGAAUCAGGAUCAGAAGAAAUUGAAGUUUUCAAGAGAUUCUUAGAAGAUGCUGGUCUUUCUAACUCUGGUGACGUUGUCAACCAAAUUGUCAGUACCAUCCAACAAGGUGGUCAAGAUGCUGACAUCAUGAAAAACCAAUUGGAAUCAGCUUUCGGUAAAUCCGUUGCUUCCAAGAUCAUUGGUGAAAAAAGAGAAAUUCCUGUUGCUGGUAACAGAGUUGCUAUGGUCAAAAAAGCUUUAAUCGAAGCCGGUAUCCAUGGUAGUGCUGAUGCUCACAUUUUAGGUGCUUCUGCUUCUGCUUACGCUGGUGCCGAUGCUGAAGUCUUAGGUGACCACUUAGCUGCUGCUGCUGCUUCAGCCGGUAUUGGUGCUGAUGUUCCAGGUGUCGCUGGUGGUGACGUUGAUGCCGAUGCUGGUGCUGCUAUCUUAAAAAGAGCCUUAGCUGAUGCUGGUAUUUCCGGUGCUGCUGCUGCUAACAUCUUAGGUGCUUCAGCUGCUGCCUACAAAGGUUACGGUGCUGAAAUUGGCGGUGACCAUUUAGCUGCUGCUACUGCCUCAGAUGGUAUCGAUGCUGGUUUCUUAGAUUUAAUCGGUGGUGGUAUUCACAGAGAUGCUGGUGCUUCAAUCUUAUAA